GAAAAAAGUGGUUAGCUGUUAGCGCAUUUCAAGAUGUCGGCUGCCAAAUAUUUAAUAUGCAUUGCGGCAGUUAUUGGAUUGAUUUGUGAGUCGAUUAUUCUUUGCGAUGCCGGCACCGCGUCGUUAAGUAGUGCAAAAAGAGUAAAAGACAGUGCUACGUUAAAGACGAUCUUGAGAACCGUUCAGAAUUUCAUGAUCGGUGUACUAGAUAGGCUACAAUCUCUAUUUACAAAAAAUCCCGACACAGUGAACUCCCUCGUCGAAAUACUCGAUAGUUUUGUUUCCAAGUUUACACGUGUCUUGAAAGUUAUGACAAACAGGUUACCCCCCGGCAUGGGCAAUAUUCAGAAACCACUGAACACUUUUAUUGCCGUAAUCGGAGCUAUAAUGGCACCAGUAAAAACCCUUGUUUCUAUGGCUACGAUGUUUCCAGAUUUGGUCUUUGGAGCACCCAAAGGCGUUAUCGCUACGGCCUUUGAGAGUUUGAUGAACUUCGUAUAAAUAUCAUCCUUUACUGAAAGUACUGAAGAGACUACACACUUAAGC